CUGGUGUCCACAGCUGCUAAUUUUUCUCUCUGAAUUCCUUCUAAUCAGGUGUUUGAAGCAAAGCCUGAAUGGAGUUUUCCGGGAUUUUUAUGAUUAGCUGUUCUGUAAUGCUUCUGUGCUCCCCAUUGGCAUAUGGUCAAGUUUCAAGUCGACCAGCUGCAAUGACACCGACUCCGACACCAGCACCGGCACCCGGACCGGCAUACGUAAACUUGGCUUACUUACUCUCUGUGGCCGGUCCGUAUCGAACUUUCCUUAACUACCUCGAAUCGACUAAACUCAUUGACACAUUCCAAAACCAAGCCAACAACAGCGAUCUAGGAAUUACGAUUUUUGCACCGAAAGAUGACGCUUUCAAGGCUCUUAAGAAGCCCUCAUUGUCCGAUCUAAGUGAUGAUCAGCUUAAAUCAGUGAUCCUUUUCCAUGCCUUGCCUAAAUACUAUGCCCUUGCAGACUUCAAUGACCUAAGUUCAAAGGGCCCUGUUAGUACACUUGCUGGAGGCCAAUACACUCUGGAUUUCACCGAUGAUUCCGGCACCGUCCGCCUAGAUUCGGGAUGGAGCAAAACAAAAGUUACAAGUGCCGUACACUCGACCGAUCCAGUCGCAAUCUAUCAAGUCAAUAAGGUCCUUCUUCCGGAGGCCAUUUUCGGCACCAACAUACCGCCGACUCCUGCUCCUGCACCGGCUAUUGACAUUAGUCCAGCUGCAGACACUCCAUCGGCAGCAAAAUCCAAAGAAAAUAGUUCGUCAUCGAAGUCCGAUUCUUCGAGUUCGUCGGCUUGUAGGAUCAUGAACUCGGACAUUUGGACUCAGAUGGUUUCGGCAGUCGUAGGUGGCUGGAUGGUUAUGUUUUUAUGAGAUACUACGUUAAACCAAGGUUUAAAUAUGUUAAUUUAAUUUUUCUAUUUUAAAAAUAUAUUUUUAAAUAUAAGUGUUAAGGAGGAGGGUCCAGGGUUUUGUAUCCUCAGUAUUUAGCAAAA